CCACAUUCCACCAAUACCCUCGCAAGGGGUGUUUCAUAAGGAGCGCCUUACACGCUACACUACAUGUCCUCCGCCGCCGAACUCUUUAGAGUACCACCAGAGCUUUCUAGAACCUGAGAGCGCGCGAAGCGCGCGCGCGUAAUGCCAGUACACGCGUGUGGGCGAUUCGGGCCCAAACGCUCGUCGCCAACAAAGCGCGCAGUGCGCGUCGCUGCCGCGGUGUCCCCAACCCGCCGUGCGCCCAGGAGGGCCGGGGCGGGGCAGGAGCUGCGGCCCUCCGCCCCCCGGUCCGUCGCGGCCGUCGGUGCUGCUGCUGGAGGCGGGGGACUGGGACGACAACCCGGGGGUCGGCGGAUUCGGGUCCUCGAUCGUGAACCCCUUGUUCACUCGCUGGCCCCGCCCGGUCUGGUGGAACGUCCGCAGCGCGCCGCCGUUCCAGCAGCUGCCGGGCGUCAGCUCGGUGCUGAAGACGGGCCAGGUCCUCGGUGGCAGCUCGGCCAUAAACCGAGGGCUCCACAGCCGUGGCGGCACGCGCGAGCUGGCCGAGGCGCUGGGCUGGCCAGAGGCCGAGGUGGCCGCGGGCUUCCGCCGCGUCGACGCCCGCCUACGUCAGGCCGGGCGGGCGCGCCGCCGCGCGGCGCCGGUGCUGCACGGGCGCGCGCGCGCGGAGAUGCGGCCCUUCCUGCGGCUCGUCGCCGCGGCCUUCGAGGGCGCCGGCGUGCCGUUCCGCGCCGCGGACCCGGCGGGCGCGCCUGCCGAGGCCGUGCACGGAGUCCACGGGAGCACGUGGCUCUCCCUGGCCUGCCCCAGAGGGGCCGCCGCCGGCCCCGCCCACCCGCGCACGGCGGCGGAACUGUCGCGGUGCGCGCGGCAGAGCGCGUAUUCGGGGCUGGUGGCGCCGCUGAACCGGUCGCUGCCGAACCUGGUGGUGCGCCCGCGUUCGCUGGUGACGGGGCUGCGCUGGGGGCGGCGGGGCCGGGCGGGCGCCUCUGGGCUCCAGGCCGCGGGCGCGGAGGUGGUGGAGCUGCGCGGCAGCACGGAGGACUGGCGCGAGCGGGAGGUGGACGACCCACCCGUCGGUUGGGCGUUGAGCUUCGACGGACUCGGGGACAGGUGGGCCAGCCGCAUCCAGGGGCGUUACCACGUGGGUAUCCGCCGCGCGGUGGUCGCCGCUGCGGGCGCCGUGGGCUCACCGGCUCUUCUACAUCGGAGCGGCGUGGGCCCCCCGGAGGCCCUGAAGUUGCUGGGCAAGACGCUGCGGCUGAACGCAAGCGAGGUGGGCCAGGGGCUCAGGGACCGGGUGGUGGUGGCCACGCACGUGUCCACGAGGCUGCCGUGCAGCGGUGAGGCGCGCUCGAGCGACGUGCCCCUGCUCUUCGCCUUCUUCAACUUCUCUGGCCCGAACGUGCCCGGGGCCACGGGCCCCUCAGAGGCAGAGCUGAACAUGCUGGACGACUGUGUGGACGGCUUCGAGAUGUGGUCGCUGCGCUUCAUACUGCAGCGCACCCUCGGAUCCGGCCAACUGCACGUCCGGUCCCCGCACCCGCUCGUCUCCGCGCAGGCGGAACUGAGCGCAGGGCCCGAAGACCUUCACCGAGUGGUGGCCAUGCUCCGAUGGUUCCACGAGCGCGUCCAGCUCAACGAGGACGUGGCCGCUCAGAUCACCGCCCUCGCCCCCAGCCUGGAGGACUUCCAGAGCGACAGGAUGCUGGGGCGCUUCGUGCGGAGCGGCUCGGCAUGGUACCUGCAUCCGUCCGGGUCCCUCUCGGCGGGCGCGGUCGACUCCGACCUGCGGGUGCGGGGCACUGGCAACGUCUACGUCGCCGAUGCCUCGGCCAUGUCGAGGCUGCCCACUGGCCACCCGGACGCAUCCAUCAGGAUGCUCGGCGACGCGCUCGCCCACCGCCUCCUGCGGGGAAGGCGCGGGCCCGCGGCCGGCGCGCACGAGCCGAAGCGCGGCGCGGCCAGCGCGGCCGGUUCCCCGUUCCUCGAUAUCAGUGCUCAGAAGUAUUCGUAA